UUACCCAGCAAGAUCAACUGUACGAAUCCUGUACCUUCGCCAUGAGAACUUUCGCUAUCGUCUCUGUCCUGAUAGGCGUGGCAGCCGCCUUGCAGGGCCUCCGCCGGCGGCGGGACUCCUCCGCCCUCUACUUCGACCUCCCGUCCAACGCCUCCCUCGUCUUGGGCGGCAUCCAGACGGGUUUCAGCUGUGCGGACCUGCCCUACGGCUACUACGCCGACGAAGACAACAAUUGCGCCGUCUUCCACGUCUGUCUGCCUUACAUUGACCACGACCUCUACAUCGUCAGGCAUUUCUCCUUCUUCUGCGGAGCAGGGACCGUCUUCGACCAGGAGAAGCUCGUCUGCUCUUACCCGGAAUCCGCUGUUCCAUGCUCUCAGGCAGCCACCUACAGGAGGUCUAACGGAUACUUCGGUCUUGAGGAUGUCAACUUCUUGGAGUAAAUUUGAACAUUCCCUCAGAGGCUGGGUGGAUUUAUAAUCAAAACGCUAUAAAGAGCUUUUAAUAUGUCAGAAUCUUUUAUUUAGAUAUUCAGAGUGUUCAGAAUAGUUGAAUGUGAAGGCUCAUGAGCUAUAGAAAUUCAUAUAAAGUUUUUUGAAUGAGUAAUAAAUUUAGAUAUUCAAUCAUUUUACUCAGAAUUGUUACAUAUAGACUAACUUUACUCACAAGCAUUUUUUGAGGGAACAGUAAAGCGAGUUUUUCUAUAGAAGCUUUUAUAAUAUCUAAGCCUAAGGAUCCUAAUAACCUUCCAAAAUCAUAAUAUUUUGUUUUUUGCUGAGUUGUAUACCCACAAGUGCAAUA